AUGGCCGCCGAACAGCGCAAGCUGCUUGAGCAGCUGAUGGGCGAUCAAUACAUGGGUGGGCCCAGCUCGAGAAAUGCGAACUUGACACUGAAUUCACCCACCGUGUGUCGAUCCUACCUGGUCGGGACUUGUCCACACGAUCUGUUCACCAAUACCAAGCAAGACCUUGGCGCGUGUCCCAAAGCGCAUCCAGAACUCCUCAAGAUCGAGUACGAGAACCUCACACCGGCCGAGAAGGCCAAACACGGCUUCGACUACGACUACAUGCGCGAUCUACAGAAAUACAUCGACGACUGCAAUCGGCGCAUCGAUCAGGCGCAGCGGCGGUUGGAGAAGACUCCGGAUGAGAUAAGACAGACGAACAAUCUGCUCAAGACGAUAUCCGAUCUGACGAAAACUGUCAAUACCGGCUUGCUGGAGGUUAAUUGCCUCGCAGAGACUGGGUCCGUGAGUCUUGCUUGCGCCGAGUUCUACAAAGUCCGCACGGCUAAGAUGGCCAAAGAGCAGGCAGAGCGGGAUCUAAAAUCGUUGUCGGACACCAGUGGCCCGUCCGGUCAUCAGAAACUCCAAGUUUGUGAUGUCUGUGGAGCAUAUCUAUCUAGACUCGACAAUGACCGGCGCCUGGCUGACCACUUUUACGGGAAAAUGCAUCUGGGAUAUGCGCAGAUGCGGAGGACUUACGAGGCACUACAAAAGGAACUAAAAGGUCGAGCCCCGCCGAUGCGACAAGAGGAGAACGGCCCUGCUGGACCCAGAGGUUAUGAUGACGGCGGCUAUGGAGAUGGAGGAGGGGGUGGUUGGGGUGGCCGUGGAGGAGGGUACGGUGGGAGAGGCUAUCGUGGAGGCGGAGGAUAUCGGGGACGAGGAAGAGGAAGAUGGUGA